AUAUCUUUAUAAAUAAUUUUCAAAUAAAAUUUUACUCAAUUGUAUAUACAAUAUUUAGAAGAAUCUUUCUGUAAAAAUGUCAUGUGGUUUUUGGUUAUAGGCGGCCAUGUUGAUUUUAGGCCUGAAAACAGCAAAAAUGUCAACUAUGAUACCUGUCAGCUAUGUCACAAAAAGUCCCGCAAUUAUAUAUUGACCCAUUUGCUUCCAGUAUUCAUCAAGCUUCUUUUCAUGUUCUUUAGCAAAGCUUCAUCUGGUAGUUUUGUGUUGAAGAGCAUGACAUGUACUUUUUCUUGGAUGCUGUCCAUAGACGUUGAUGUUAUGCAAUGUAUUUCUCACUGUCUAAACCCUCACAGAAACCUGAAACACUUGUCUGUUUUUCAGAGCUAGUUUGUGCAAGUUACACAAUCUGAGUUUUGAAAUCUUCUGGCAACUGUUUUCCAUGUGGAGUCAUGGUGCAGACAUGCAGACAGACACAGCCCAUAGGUCCAAAACUGGAAAAGUUCACAAAUCAAUUUCUAAUCACGUUCAUUCAAUUAGUGUAAUUGUGCACUGAGUUUAUUUUGAGUGAUCACAGAUUUUCUAACUUCACAGGUGUAUUCAGUUUGGAGUACUUUGGAGCCUAUAAUUUCAAUAUAGUGUUUCUUAAGUAAUUGUUUUUGCCUGCUCAUAAGAGGAAGUUAUUCUCAAAACUGAAAUAAUGUAGUUACUAAGAGGUGAUCCAAUUUUGAAUGGUUUGACAUUGAGGUGACUUCGCACAAAGUAGUUGUCACUUCUUUGGUAUCCUGUAUCAAACCACAUGCUUUUAUUCUGAAAAGGGUGAACCAGAAGUAGUUCUGUUUCCUGUUUAGGUUUCGUCUAGCUAGCCGGUAGGUCAACAAUGCAGCAGCGAGAAGAGAAGCAGUUGGAGGCGUCAGUGGAGUCGCUGAUAUCUCGGGUGGCUCAUGUUAAAAACGCUCUGCACAGUUUCAUUUAUAAGUUGGAAAAUGAAUACGAGCGUUUAACAUGGCCCUCUGUUUUGGACAACUUUGCGCUUCUGUCUGGCCAGCUGAAUACUAUCAAUAAGCUGCUCAGGAACGAGAAGACACCGUCUUUUCGAAACCAGGUUAUAAUACCACUGCUUCUUUCACCGGACCGAGAUGAGGAUUUGGCAAAACUCACAGAGCAGCGUGUUCCAGUGUUCAGCCAUGAGAUCGUACCAGAUUACUUGCGAACUAAACCUGAUCCAGAGGUGGAGGAGCAGGAGAAACAGCUGAGUACGGAGGCAGCACGUAUUGGCCCUGAGGUGGCACAGAAGCAGAUCCAGACGUUGAACAAGCUGUGCUCUAAUCUGCUGGAGAAGUUGAACAACCCUCGUGAAGACAGAGAGGCAGAAAACGCAGCACAGCGACAGAACAAACCAUUUUUCAACCCUACCGACACUAAUGCAUUAGUUGCAGCUGUUGCAUUUGGAAAGGGACUUUCUAAAUGUAGACCCCCAGGCCCCGUGGCCCAGGGACACCCAGGACAGGGGCAAAUGAUGAGCGGAGGUCCAACCUUACAGCAGGUCACCAUUGGUGGUGGUUCAGGCCAGCAAGCAGGUUUGGGAGGACCUGUAGCUCCACAGCAGCAAGGACAGCCAGGUAGGAGACCUGGAGACAUGGGAAAAAUGCCCAGCAGCAUCAAAACAAACAUCAAGUCUGCAUCUGGUUCAAUGCAUCCUUACAACCGAUGAGCUCCUUCUUUCUCAUCUGGUCAACUUACACGUGUUACAUUUCAGAGACUCUCCCAACAGUGGCAACGUUAACAGUACAGACACAUCACCUUUUCAUGGUUUGUUGUAUUCGUGGAAUGGACUAACUUAUAAGAAGCUGUCUUUGUGAGCUCUGAAAACAUCUCCACAUCAUUUGUUUUUUAAUACCAUGUCUGGUGGAGCCACUAGAUGGCAGUAUGCUGUCAUUAAUGGGAUUCAAGCCGCUUUAUAUGUUGGACUCUUGACACUUUCUCAAUAAAGUAUGUUCAAAGGA